AUGGAGAGCAGCCCCAGCAGCCCUCAGCCCAUGCGGCCAGAUCCCCUGGAGGCAUUUCCCCAGAGGACUCUGGAACCAGGUGACAUCGCAGUGCUGGUUCUGUACUUCCUCUUUGUCCUGGCCGUUGGACUAUGGUCCACAGUGAAGACCAAAAGAGACACGGUGAAAGGCUAUUUUCUAGCUGGAGGGGACAUGGUGUGGUGGCCAGUGGGUGCAUCCUUGUUUGCCAGCAAUGUUGGAAGUGGACAUUUCAUUGGCCUGGCAGGGUCAGGUGCUGCUGCGGGCCUUUCUGUAACUGCUUAUGAAUUUAAUGGCUUAUUUUCCGUGCUGAUGUUGGCCUGGAUCUUCCUCCCUAUCUACAUCGCUGGUCAGGUCACCACGAUGCCAGAAUACCUAAGGAAACGCUUUGGCGGCAACAGGAUCCCCGUCAUCCUGGCUGUGCUCUACCUGUUUAUCUACAUCUUCACCAAGAUCUCGGUAGACAUGUACGCAGGUGCCAUCUUCAUUCAGCAGUCUUUGCGCCUAAAUCUCUACCUGGCCAUAGUCGGGCUGCUGGCCAUCACAGCUCUAUACACUGUUGCAGGUGGCCUGGCUGCUGUGAUCUACACGGAUGCUCUACAGACCCUGAUCAUGCUUAUGGGAGCGCUCACCCUGAUGGGCUACAGUUUCGCUGCAGUCGGCGGGUUGGAAGGCCUGGAAGAGAAAUACUUCUUGGCUGUGGCCAGCAACCGGAGUGGGAACAGCAGCUGUGGGCUGCCCCGGGAAGAUGCCUUCCAUAUUUUCCGAGACCCACUGACAUCUGAUCUCCCGUGGCCUGGGAUCCUAUUUGGAAUGUCCAUCCCGUCCCUCUGGUACUGGUGCACCGAUCAGGUGAUUGUUCAGCGGACUCUGGCUGCCAAGAACCUGUCCCAUGCCAAAGGAGGCUCUCUGAUGGCCGCAUACCUGAAGGUCCUGCCCCUUUUCAUCAUGGUGUUCCCUGGUAUGGUCAGCCGUGUCCUCUUUCCAGACCAAGUGGCCUGUGCAGACCCAGAAAUCUGCCAGAAGGUCUGUAGCAACCCCGCCGGCUGCUCUGACAUCGCGUAUCCCAAACUUGUGCUGGAACUCCUGCCUACAGGGCUCCGCGGGCUCAUGAUGGCUGUGAUGGUGGCAGCGCUCAUGUCCUCCCUCACCUCCAUCUUUAACAGUGCCAGCACCAUCUUCACCAUGGACCUCUGGAAUCAUCUCCGGCCUCGGGCAUCUGAGAAGGAGCUCAUGAUUGUGGGCAGGGUGUUUGUGUUGCUGCUGGUAUUGGUCUCCAUCCUCUGGAUCCCUGUGGUCCAGGCCAGCCAGGGCGGCCAACUCUUCAUCUACAUCCAGUCCAUCAGCUCCUACCUGCAGCCUCCCGUGGCUGUGGUCUUCAUCAUGGGAUGUUUCUGGAAGCGGACCAACGAAAAGGGCGCCUUCUUCGGUCUCAUCUUGGGCCUUCUCCUAGGCUUGGUUCGUCUGGUCCUGGACUUCAUUUAUGUGCAGCCUCGGUGUGACCAGCCAGAUGAGCGGCCAGCUGUGGUAAAGGAUGUCCACUACCUCUACUUCUCCAUGAUUCUGUCCUCCGUCACCCUGAUCACUGUGUCCGUCGUAAGCUGGUUCACAGAGCCGCCCUCCAAGGAGAUGGUCAGUCGCUUGACCUGGUUUACUCGCCAUGACCCCAUGGUUCAGAAGGAACAGGUGUCGCCAGCAACUCCCCCGCCUCUUACCCUCUCUCAGAACAGGACACCAGAGGCCAGCAGAACCAACGUCCAGUUCGAGAUUGUCCAAGAAAACAUGCCCCAAAACCACAGCUGUGACAUGACCAAAAAGCAGUCCAAAGUGGUGAAAGCCAUCUUGUGGCUCUGUGGGGUGGAGAACAAGGGCAAGGAGGAGAUGCCGAGCAGAACAGACCCUGUCAUAGUUUCCCUGGAUGAAAACCCCUUGGUGAAAACCCUUCUGGACGUCAACCUCAUCAUCUGCGUCAGCUGUGCCAUCUUUCUCUGGGGCUACUUUGCUUAA